AUGCCUUUAAGAAACUACCAUCUCUCUAUUUUGUCCCUCAGAGCCUCAGUGAGGAGCAGUGUGGAGGCGCUGUGGUUGUGUUACUCUUCUCCGACUCCUCAGAGUGCAAGUCACCUGCUUGCCCUAUUUGUUGUCUGUCUCUCAUUGGCUGCUGUAACUGCUUCACUACUUUUCCACUGGCUCAUAGACCUUCUAAAAUAUGACAUCCAGACAGCAUUGGUUGCAGUUGGUAUCUAUGCCACAGCUGUGUUUAUCCUGUCAUCUCUCAUCCAUCCAUUCCGAUGUGCCUUCACGCUAAUCUUCCCGACGUUGUUCACCCGACAGGGCCGUAAACUGCUCUUGUCCGUAUCCGUGAUGAUCGUAGUGCUGUAUGUCCUACCCAACAUGGCCGCCAACAUCGCAACUCUCACACACGUGGUGAAAUGUGCAUCAGAAAAACUCUCUCAAAGCCUCCUAAGCAGCUCAGACCUCAUCAACACCAUUAAAGACAAUAUCGUCAGAAGAGCCGAGGAGAGCGUGGAAGGGAGUUUAGUCCAAACACUGCGUGAUUUUGAUCACACCACACAUAUUAAUGUCUCAGAAGUGAAGGGACGGUUGCAUGUGUUGAGUCAGCGAGUGCAGGAGGAUUUCUCUGAAGUUAAAAGUCAUGUACAGGACCUAAAACUGCUAUUCAGUAGAAUUUUUGCUGCUGUUUUUGUUUUGUAUUUGUUCAGUGAAUCUGUCAUGUAUCUGCGGUCUUAUCUGACGUCUGUAAGAUUUGACAACACGUAUAUCACAGGUGGGCUCAGGAGGAAAGGAGCUGAAAAAGGGAUUGUGGUUGAAGCAAAGGAUGUGAAAAAUGGAGUAAACUCCACCAGUUUCAGAAUAACUAAAAAGGAACUUUUCAAAUGUCUGGCUCCAGCAAUGGUGAUCACUCUGUAUCUGCUAAUGACAGUCUUUUUGAUAGUGCUGGACCAUUUCUUGUAUUGCUUGGUGAAAACAGGUGGGCCUUGGAUUUUAAACAUGCCGUCAACCAACAUCAGCAUCGGUGUCAACUUCAAGGUUGGAACAGAAGUGGCCAUUUGUCAGAUCUUUAGGUCAGACUGUCAGAUGGAAUUGUUCAACUUCAACAGAACUUACACAGCCCUCAUUCACUCUGAUCCAAAUGUGUGUGAGGCCCAAUCCAGUAAGCUGAACCCAAGUGUUGUGACAGCGCUGGUGUUCCUCUAUCUGUUCAGCUACACCCUACUGCCGCUGGAGGUCUACGCUCGACGCCUUCGGAGGAAAGUAGCAGCUUCUUUCUUCCAGCAGCAGGAGGACAGAAGAGUUGAGUUCCUUAUUAAAAAAAUUCAAACUAAACAAAAAGAAAGACAAAAUGAAGUUUUCUUUAUAGAAACCAAGCAUCAAGAUAAAGAAGUCUCUGGGAUGAUAGAUCAGCUAUAACUAGGCUGUAUGUUAUACAUGUUUACGGAAUUGUAAAUACUGUACUCAGUUAGUGUACAUAUUCAAAUUUAAAUGUUUUUAAUCCAUAUAUACGUAUUCCUUGUUUAUUUAUAGUGCAGUGAAGUGGCAUGUGUCUGACCUAUGACGCUAUGAAAGGAAAAAAUACAGCAGUGUUUAACAGAGUGAAAACAGCUUUCUGCUUUUACCUUACAGUUCACGAUCCAUUAAGGGACCGUGUUAGUGAUAUACUGUACACAGCAUAGUGCCUGAUCUGCAGGGACUGGAUGAUGGAAACAUGACACUAAUGGACAGGAAAUCAAAGGGUCUUACAUCACAGCAAGAAGGAACUGUAAUGUUUAUGGGGCUGCAGUGGUUAUUAUAUAUGUGUAUAUUAUACUGUAUGUGCAUAUUACACAAACUGAAUUCAGAAAGAAGAGUUAGAUACUAUGCA